AUGCAAAAUCUAGAAAGACAGCGAGCAUAUGAACUAGAAAAGCUAAGACUUGAACUUGAAAAAGCGAAACUGAACGAAGGUGGUGAAAGACUAGUGAAAACAGAAUCUGUGUGUGCACCGAAGUUCCCAAAACUACCAGUGUUUAACGAUCAGAUAGACAGUAUCGAUGCAUAUCUGUUAAGGUUUGAAAGAUUUGCAACUAGCGCAGGAUGGGAUCAAGAUGUAUGGGCUGUUAGUCUAUCGUCACUUUUGCAAGGAAAAGCAUUAGAGGCUUAUCAGCAUUUAUCUCCCACCGAAGUAAAAGACUAUGAAUCUGUUAAAGGAGCCUUGCUCAAAUGUUUUCAGUGUACGGCUGAAGGUUAUCGCUCUAGAUUUAGAAAUGCUAAAUUUUUCAAAGGUGAAUCCGGUAUGCAGUUUGGUAAUCGCUUGAAGAACUACUUGAAACGGUGGAUUGAUCUGUCAGGGGGAGAGAAGUCGUACGAUGGAUUGAUGGAUUUAGUGCUCAUGGAACAAUACAUGAAUGCGUGUGAUAAGAGUAUGAUUCUAUUCUUAAAAGAACAUGAAGUUAAGAAUUUUGAAGAUCUAAUUAAAUAUGCAGAAUUGUAUGUUGAAGCGCACGGUAAUCCGAGCAAGAAAUUUGUUGAACGAGAGGUUAGAGUUGUGAAGGAAAUGUCGCACAUCGAGUCUAAAGUUCAGGAUGCGUCAAGUGCAGGAGUGUCUGGUGUUCAUAAGGGCAAGGGUGAGAGUAUGGCUGCUUUUGCUGCUAAGCAUGGAAGGUUGAAUGUUGCAAGAGGUGAGGUCGAAGGUGUAGCUGUGAAUGUGUUGCGAGAUCAAGGGUGUGAUACUGUUUUGGUUAAAACUAGUCUAGUGCCGAGGUGCAGAUUUACAGGUAGACAUGUAAGUGUUAAAAUGGCAAAUGGCAUGAUUUUCACCUAUCCUGAAGCUAAUGUUCGAGUGAAGUGUCCAUUCUAUGUCGGAGGUACUUUGGCUGUUUUGGAAAAUCCCGUGUAUGAUUUGGUGAUAGGUCAGGUGGAAGGUGUUAGAGACGGAGAAACUGUCAAAUUAGGAGCCGUAACGACUCGACAGCAAGAAAAGCAGAGUAAAAUCAAAUUAGCUCCAAAGCUAAAGGUAAAGGAAGUGCUUGCUGAAAUGAAAGAUAAUAAUUUAGCUGAACAACAAAAGUAUGAUGUAACAUUAAAUAACAUACGAAAAUACGCGGAAAGUAAAAGGAGAUUUCAGAAGUCUGAUAAUGAAUAUCAUGAAUUUAUAGUAAAGAAAGGAAUUUUGUACAGGAGGGUAGUUCACGCAGAUAAUGUCACUGAACAAUUAGUUGUCCCGAGCGAGUCGAGGAAUGCAGUUAUGGAGAUAGCCCAUAGUUCACUGAUGUCAGGUCACUUGGGAAUAAAGAAAACGCUCACGAGAAUUCAAAAUAAAUUCUUUUGGCCCGGUAUGUCGUCUGAGGUGGCCAGGUUUUGUCGGUCAUGCGAUCCAUGCCAGCGCACCGUUGACAAGGGAAGAGUGUCACGCGCGAAACUAGGCAGAAUGCCGAUGAUCACCGAACCAUUUCAGAGAGUGGCUGUAGAUAUCGUCGGACCCAUCGAACCGCGCGCAGAUGACGGGUCGCGCUACAUCCUCACUAUUGUAGACUACGCCACACGCUAUCCCGAAGCCAUCCCGCUAAAGAAUGUGGAAACCGUGAGUGUCGCGGAAGCGUUAAUGUCUGUUUUCAGCAGAGUCGGAAUACCCAAGGAGAUCAUGAGCGAUAAGGGGAGUCAGUUCCGGUCAGAUGUGAUGAAGGAAUUUAAUAGGUUGCUAUCGAUAAAGGGUAUUAGCACGACACCGUACCAUGCAAUGUGCAAUGGAUUAGUAGAACGGUUUAACGGGGUGCUAAAGAAAAUGUUAAAAAGAAUGUGCGCAGAGCAACCGAAACAAUGGCCUAGAUAUAUUGCUCCGUUACUAUUUGCCUAUCGUGAUGUUCCCCAGGCCAGCACCAAGUUUUCACCUUUCGAACUCAUCUAUGGCCAUACCGUUCGAGGGCCACUUAGCUUGUUGAAGGACCUGUGGGAAGCGAGCGAGCGAAAUAUCACGGACGAAACUAGGACCGCAUACGAAUAUGUAAUCAAUUUGCGAGAGAGACUAGCGGAGACCUGCAAAGUAGCCCAGGAAGAAUUGCAGAAAGCAGGUGAUUCCUACCAGUAUUAUUAUGACAGGAAAGCAAAAGAUAGAUACUUAAAGGAAGGCGAUAAGGCUUUGCUGUUACUGCCUACUAAUAGUAAUAAGUUACUAAUGCAUUGGCGAGGUCCGUUCACUGUAGUAAAGAAAAUAAAUAAAUGGAAUUACAUGAUAAAUGUAAACGGAGUUGAUAAGAAAUUCCACAUUAACAUGCUCAAACGCUACUACGAACGGGCGAAUGCGAGACCGAACGAACCGGAUGACGUCAUGGUAGACGGUGACGAAGGAGUGACGGUGGCGAGCGUCGCGGUCAUUCACAAUGAGGAAAGCGAUGCCGAUGUAGACGUAGUUCCUAACUAUGUACAAACUGAGGAUGUCAAUGAUGUUCAUGUAAAUAACGAUCUUACAGAACGACAAAAGACCGAUGUCAGAGGGAUUUUAAAUAAAUUUAAAUCUAUUUUCACCGACGUCCCAGGUAAGACGAAUGUGAUUGAACACAAGGUGAAACUUUGUGAAGAAAAACCCAUAAGGAGCAAACCAUACCCAGUUCCGUUUGCGUUACAGAAGGGCAUAGAGGAAGAAAUAGAGCGUAUGCUAAGACUCGGUUUGGUCGAGUAUUCCAUGUCUCCAUAUUCUACGCCGAUGAUCGCGGUGAAGAAGAAAGAUGGUUCAAAUCGUUUGUGUCUAGAUUUUAGGAAAAUAAAUAAGAUCACUGUAUUUGAUGCUGAACCGAUGCCGAAUCAAGAUGCAAUCAUGGCUAAGAUUUCACACAGCAAAAUUUUUUCAAAAAUUGAUUUAUCUAAGGGAUACUGGCAAUUACCGCUGGACAAAGAUAGCCGCAAAGUAACAGCAUUUCAAACUAGUAAGGGAUUGCUGCAGUUUACGGUUAUGCCUUUCGGUUUAGUAAAUGCUAGUGCUACAUUUAAUAGAUUAAUGAGAAUCUUAUUUAGCGAUGUUGCGAAUGUAGAGACGUUUGUGGAUGACAUACUCCUCCAUACCGAUAAUUGGCAAGAUCACAUAAUAACUUUAGAGUGCGUGUUGGCGAUACUUAAAGAUGCGGGAUUGACAGCGCGUCCGUGUAAAACCGAGAUUGGAAAGUCAAGCAUCGAGUACUUGGGGCACUGCGUGGGGAGUGGCACUUCGUCUACCACUGGCGAUAAAAUAAAACGUGUCCUCAACAUGGCGGUACCGCGUACGAAGAAGGAAGUCCGAUCUUUUCUCGGGUUGACGGGCUAUUACCGGCAGUACAUAGCUGACUACGCAACGAUUGCAUCACCUCUUACUGAUCUCACAAGGAAAUCCGUACCGAAUAAAGUGUCAUGGGAGAUUUGUCAUCAAGAUGCUUUCGAUAGAUUAAGGAAUGCUCUUGCUAGUAAGCCUAUAUUGAAACUUCCUGACAUGAAUAAAGAGUUCAUAGUGCAGACAGAUGCGUCAGACAUAGGGUUGGGCGCAGUGUUACUACAGUGUCUUAACUGUGCCGGCAAACCCUCAAUUGUAACAAUCACCAUCCUCACACCCACCCCAGUCUUCAGGAGAGAUGUCACUGCCACAACACCCUCGCACUUGACGUCAAGUCCGAUAGCUAUGCAGGGCAGCAGCAGCAUUCGUCGGUGGAAGCUUUUCUGGAAGGACAUAUCCUGCAGAGGUCGUCCCUUUCAUCUGGAACUUCGCCACACGUGCAGAGUUGAAAUUCUCUCGUUCGGGGAGUGUAGAGACAUGAAGAUCGAGGUUGCCUUUUGCAUUGCUACAUACUUUGAGAGGACAGUCCCUUUGCACGCUGUCCUAGCUGCCAUCUGGCGGUCCGUUCCCGUUCCCCCUGACCUGAUCUCCUUCCUCCUCGGGCUCGCCCUGUUCCCCGACGACCCCCUCCUGCGCCUGGGGCUCUUCCUGAACGGCAGCUGCCCCGGCGGAGGAGCCUCCAACAUGUGGACGCACCUGCUGGGCGGCUCCCUCGACCUGUCCAUCAUGAUGACCUUCAUCUCCACCAUCACUGCUUUCGCUGCCGUUCCGUUCUGGGUUCUGGUGAUCGGCCCAGUCAUCCUUGCCGACGGACAGUUCACCAUUCCUUUCUUCGACAUCUUUAUCACCGUUAUCUCUCUUAUCAUCCCGUGCGGCAUCGGCAUCUUGAUCCAGAUCUACUUCCCCAAGACAGUGAAAUAUUUUGAGAAACUGCUGACCCCGAUGUCGGUGUUCAACCUCCUCUUCAUCUUCACCUUCGGAAUCUACGCUUAUCUCUACGUCUUCGAGAUUUUCACAUGGAGGAUGCUCGUCUCGGGAAUCGCCCUGCCGAGCCUGGGCUACUUGUCCGGGAUGGCGAUCGCCUUCCUGUUCAGGAUGUCAACCCGAGAGAUCAUCGCGAUCAGCGUGGAGACCGGAGUUCAGAACUACACGAUUGCUCUCAUCAUCCUACAGGUCACUCUCGAAUCCCCAGCUGGAGAAAUUUCUGCAGCCGUCCCAGCAGCUGCAACCCUCUUCACGCCCGUGCCGCUGCUCACAAUGCUCGUCAUUAAGAAGGUGUACGACCGCUAUAAACGUGGCUCUUCAGUUGACAUCACCGUCGAUCCAAAGGACUCCAAAUUGCGUGAGGUUACAAGCGCCGCCAGGGGCCAGGAGGAGAACGGCCUUCCCGCCAAGACCGACAAGCUCUCCUCCAACGGCGGGCUGGACAACCCCGCCAUGGACCUGCAGGACGAGGCAGCCUAGUGCCUUUUCCGCCUUUCUUGGCCCUCCUCCUAUUCCUUUAUCGGAUUCAUAUUCUAUAUCAGUUCUUCGGUUGCGUCACCGAAUCUUUGCGUAUUCGAUGUAGACAGCGGCACCUCGAUAUACGGAGUAACGACCGAUAACCACGGAGACUGUCAGUAUGUGAUAAGGGUUGCAUGAUUAUUUAGCAGUAGGCGCCGGGCAACAGAUAGAGCUACACGCACGAUAAGAAAAAUACGUAAUCUGUCAUGUAGACUUGGCAACACCAUUCAAGACCGAUGCCAUAUUAGGGCAUGUGGGUCUUCGAGGCACAUGUCAUUCCAACGGGCAAGGCAUUAGGCGCUGAUGAUGACCCUUUCCUUUCGUACCCUUGGGGCAUGUCCAUGAGAAUGAGCAUUACUAGUUUAUCCGAGUAAUUUACCCGCCUCGACGUCAUCUCAGUUCGUGCCAUUUGUGCCUGCCUCUGUGCCCGCUCAACAUACCCGUUCGUGCGGACUGCCUUUUAAAAGUGCGUGGCUUACUUUACAUCAUUGCAAAUCCGGAAUUGUGCAACCCUAUUUUCUAUAAUAUUUUUUGGCUACAGUAACUUCCUUGCCUCGCGACCUCUCUCUCCCACUAACAUAAAAGAUUAUUUAUAAAACAAAUGGAUGCCAUUUUACUCAAAUUGAAUUAAUUGGACGGCAGGGUUGCCAUUAGGAGUUGAAGUUCCUAUAUCAUAAGUCUUAUUUCCAUAUUGCCAAGGAUCAAGGUUAUGAACCAGAAAAGAUAGUCACUUAAAACCUUUUAUAUUUAGUAUUAUGUGGUGGCCUAGAGCAGGGAUCGGUAAGAUAUUGGUUUCAUGUAUAUCAGAAGAUCCUAGAUUGCUAUUAUUCAUUUAAGACUAAGUUUCUUCAUUGUAUUAGUAGCAUCUUAGGAGAAAAUAUUUCAAAUCGAACCGGUUUCUAAAAUUUAAUAGGAGAAAAUAUUUCAAAUCGAACCGGUUUCUAAAAUUUAAUAUAUAAGAUGCACUCCCCUAUACGAGUAGAUGUAAAUUUGGUUUUAUAAAUACCAAUCUAAAAGGCUUGUUUUUCUAUCUGUUUCGAAAAGUAUUUGCUAAAUAAUCAUAAGGAAAACUGGAGAAUGGAAUGAAGCUUUCUGGGCAUCGACUUCAUUGCUCUUUACUUCUUAUUUGCAGAACAGUAACAAAUAUCCGUCCUGUACUUUUAUGAAAAAGUAGAACUACAGUAUUUUCGUCAUUCGAGGCGAACAUACACGCACACAUGAACAGACACACACGCACACACACAUGAACAGACACACAACACACA